UAUCCGUUGCUGAUCCAUGAUAUCUUUAUUUUCUCUACGCCCGUUGUUUCCCUAGUCGCGCAGGUCAUUGCUCCGUCUACCUAUUCGUUCUUGUCUUACCAUUCAUACUAACUCUUCCGACGGUACAGGGCCUAUGAUGUCUUCGGGACCCCAUCACCAAGUUCCCUUGACUCAAGCGCAGAUUUUACAGCAGCAACAGCAAGCUGUGAAUCAGGUCGAGGCGGCGAAGCGGCGAAGCAGAAAACCCACGGACAAGAAUCUGCCCGAUGGCAUCGACGACUUCAUCAUUGGCGAGCCCGCCGCGAGGUAUAGGGCGUUACGCGACUAUGAGAGACGGCUUGAUGCGACUAUGACGCGCAAGCGACUGGACAUAGUUGAUUCGGUCAACCGAGGUGUCAAGCGGUGGAAGACGUUGCGAAUCUGGAUCACGAACACAGCCGAAGACCAGGCCUGGCAAGGCAAUGGACUGAACGUGGAUACAUUCGACUUCAGUUCGAACCAGGAGCCUUCGUAUCGCGUCAAGAUCGAGGGCCGCUUGUUAGAGGACGACGAUGAUCUGGAUAAGGACGACUCGAGCGAGGCUGGCAACGGUGACAAGAUGGAUGAAGAUUGCGACUCGAAAUCCAAAACCACGAAUGCUUUGAAGUACCGCUUCUCGCAUUUCUUCAAGUCUUUAACGGUCGAUUUCCCAGCCAACCGCAAGGGCGUUGACCAGAGUGUUGAGUGGAAGAAGCCGGAGCGGGCAGGGCCGUCGUCGAACCUGCCUGCUGCUGCCGACUUUGACGAGCUGACAUUUAAGAGAAGUGGUGACGAGAACACCAACAUCACAAUCAACCUGUUUCGACAUGAGGAGCCUGAGCGAUACGCCGUCAGCCCCGAGCUGGAGGACAUUAUCGACAAGUCGGAGGCAACACGCCAAGAGAUUGUCAUGGCCAUUUGGGACUACAUUAAGUUCAUGGGUCUGCAGGAAGACGAAGAGAAGCGCAACUUCCGUUGCGACGACCUCCUCAAAAAGGCGUUUAACAUGGAUACUGGCAGCAUCCCUCAAUUGCACACAUAUAUCACGCCACACCUCCUACCGUUGCCACCUGUCAAGCUUCCGUACACCAUACGGGUGGAUGAGGAGUUCCACAAAGAUGCUCAGCCUACCGUCUAUGAUAUUCGGGUAGCUGUAGAUGAUCCGCUCCGGGAGAAGAUGCUCUCUUUCCUCAACAACGCCGGGUAUGCCAGCAUGCUCAGAGAAGCCGCCAAUCUGGAUGAAGCAUUAUCCUACAUCAUCCAAGCCAUUCACAUUUCCAAGUCGAAGCACGCAUUCUUAACUUCAAUGAGCGAGGAUCCGGCGACUUUCGUGAAGGAUUGGCUCAGCUCACAGAAGCGCGACCUCGACAUCAUCAUGGGUGAGGCCAUGAGGGGUGGCGGCGGGGAUGCCACAGGAGAUGAGUGGCGGAAGGGUGGAAAGGAAAGCGUCUGGUCCACUGUCAAUGCGAAGGAGAGUGUCAGUGUUAUGCUCGCCAAGCAGCCUGCCCAAGUGCAACGGUAAUGUGUUUCAGGGAUCAAGGAAUAAAUACAGUGUAGGAAUGGUCAGGCGUAAGGGGCGUUCGUUCUUUGAGGCUUCUCCCAAUCUUCUUAGAUAUCCAUGAAAAGAGCUCCUGGUUAUCUUGGGAG